UAUUAAAAAUAAAAAUGGAUCAAGCAGAACAAACUUUAUCAGGUGAAACCAAACCAGUUGUGUGCCCAGUCGCGGAAACAAAAACUGAAUCUGUGUCGGCUGUUACACAAUCAGUUCAUGUUGAGGCAAAGACUGAGACUGUCGGUGGAAACCCUGAAGAUAUACAACCAGAAGAUAAGGAAGCUAAGCAAGACGAGUACGUCCCAGUUGUCGUAAGAAAGGAGCCUGGUGGCGGAUCAAAUUUCAGCUUCUAUUAAAAAACGAAUAUGUACCGAGUGAUUUGAAACACGGGAUUGAAAAACGAUAAAUCUCUUGAAACAACUAAGAAUGAUUAAUGUAGUGGA